GGCGCCGUGCCCAAGGGCAGCUCCCGGCUCUGCUCCACCAUGUCUGCCCACUGCCUGCUCCUCCUGGGACUGCUCCUCCAGCUGGAACCUGCCCUCUGCCAGCAAGCCCGGGGCAGCCUCCAGCCGUGGGCACAGGGUGUCAUUGCAGUGGUUGUAUUUCUAGUCCUGGUGGCCAUCGCUUUCGUGGUCAACAGGUUCUGGUGCAAGGAAAAAGUGGAAAAUGUGGAGAACGUGGUGAGUGUGGAAGACAAGCCAGAUGCUGUCACAUCCAACGGCCAUGAAGUGAGAUUCGUAUCAGCUGCAGCUGACUUCAGGUCCAGAGAGAGCCAGCAUGUCUAUGAGAACGCUGUGGAUCCCGAGGAGAAGGUCAUCACCACGGCCAUGUAGCAGCACCCACCCACCACCCUCCUCUUCCUCUCAAUUCACUUCCUGCUGUUGCAAUGGGCAUUUCCACAGAGACCCUCUGCACUGGCACUCCCUGUGAGUGAUGGGGCCUUGGUCCCUCCAUGGCACCACCACCUCCUGAUCUUUCCCCUUUCCACCCAUGGGACGUGCUCUUGUCCCUCCACAAGGACACUGGCCCCCAGGAGAGGUCUGGAGGUGCCACCUCUCCUGCCUGGUGGUCACCCCACCCGGCUGGUGAGGUUGAUGUCCCAAGUCCCAGGAGGGUGUUGAGCUGUUCAAAACACAGAGGGGAUCCUGCUGGGUGCCUGGGACCUCCCCACGCUCCCAGCUGCCCUCCAGGGAACUGCUGAUGGAAAACCUGCUCUUUCCUCCCCAGUUCACCCUCCUUUUUAUGACCUACACCAUGCAUUUUAAUGUCAGAACAAACCUCCUCCUCUGUACAUAUCUUCCCGGUGAGCAAUAAAGAGAAUUGUUGCCUAUGACAGCAAA